UACGCCGUGCCUCGUCCUGCCCUCCGCUGCCAUUGGCCGGCGCGGGGCCGCCGCAGCCAAUCGCGCGCGGGGAGGCGGUGGGGCCGGCCAAGAUGGAGGAGUACGCUCGCGAGCCCUGUCCCUGGAGGAUAGUGGAUGACUGUGGAGGGGCCUUCACCAUGGGGGCCAUAGGAGGGGGCAUUUUCCAGGCAAUCAAAGGCUUCCGAAAUUCCCCAGUGGGUGUAAACCACCGGCUGCGGGGCAGUUUGACGGCUAUUAAAACCAGAGCUCCACAACUGGGAGGGAGCUUUGCUGUCUGGGGAGGUCUCUUCUCCAUGAUUGACUGCAGUAUGGUUAGAAUGAGAGGGAAGGAAGAUCCCUGGAAUUCCAUCACGAGUGGAGCCUUGACUGGAGCCAUUUUAGCUGCAAGAAAUGGCCCUGUUGCCAUGGUUGGAUCUGCUGCAAUGGGAGGAAUUCUCCUGGCCCUGAUCGAAGGAGCUGGCAUUCUGCUGACAAGAUUUGCCUCCACACAAUUCCCAAAUGGCCCACAGUUGUCAGAGGAUCCAUCCCAGCUCCAGCCACCCCCUUUCAGCGACUACCGACAGUAUCAAUGAUGGUCCCCAACCACCUCCACCUCCUCCUUCUCCUCCUCUUCCUCGUCCUCCUCCUCCUCUUUCUUCUCCUUCCCUGUUCCUGAGUCAUCCCACCUGGAGGAUGCGGAGGGGGUUUGUACUUAACACCAAUGGUUGUCCCUUACACACCGUGCCAGGAGGACCUGCAACAUUUCUCAACAUCAAACUGCUCAGGAGAACUUUUAGAAAAGAAAAUCUAUUUAUUCCUGAUAUAUUCCAUUGCUGUAAUGUUACACAUGUCUGGUAGAAUACAAGGAAGUUUGAGACAAGGACCAAA